UACAUUUGCGCAAACAUCUAUGGGUUAGAGGAGGUUAAUGAAUGAGAAUAUAUUAGAGUAAGAAGCAUGGUAUUUAUAGUCCUGUCGCCGCAUGUGACGGGCUGGCGUGUGUGCGCAGCCUCAUGUAAACUACAAAUGCAGGACAUGCAUAUAAAGAGAAACGCUCCACUCACUCACGCCAUGGUCCACAGCGAGGAGGAACUGUCCACGGCACUUGAGUGCUGAAAUUCUCCUUGGAGACCGAUAGACAAUAGUGUCAGUAAAUCACAAGUGUUCAGGAAAAACUUGAUUAACAGCAAACUUAAUUUUGUUUCACUCAGAAAACAAUACUUACUGUGUUUUGAACCAACGACCGAUAGUCCGACCGAUAUAAUCAUCCAGUUAGUUUACUCCCUCUACGGAAAGGAGCGAUGGCUUUCAUGGUGAAACACAUGAUAGGCGGACAGUUGAAGGACCUGACCGGGGGAGUCGGGGAGGAGAAGCCUGAAGCAGAGAAGACCGAGGCCGCGGCGAAAGGGAUGACUGAAGAAGAGUUCGAACAGUACCAGGAACAACUGGCGGAGGAAAAGGUGGAGAGAGAGGCCAGUUUUGCCCAGAAGAAGGCAGAGAGAGCCACAAUCCGAACGCACUUCAGGGACAAGUACCGGCUACCAAAGAGCGAGCUGGAUGAGACUCAGAUCCAGCAGGCGGGUGACGACGUGGAGCUGCCCACCGAGCUGGCCCAGAUGAUCGCCCAGGACAACCAGGAGGAGGAGCAGAAGCAGUCGGUCCUGGGCCAGCUCACCAGGCUCCAGAACAUGGACUUGGACCAGCUGAAGGACAAGGCCCAGACCACCGUGGAAGACCUCAAGAAGACGGCGGACAAGUGUGAGGUCAUGUGAUCCCAGGGCAGAGAGGAGAGGAAGUCGUCCAUGUGCUCAGCGUGUUCUAAAUAAACUGUCAGGUUUGUGUGAGGAUAAUUGAUGUUGCCCUCUGUGUGAGUUCACAACAUUACAUGUCACUUGAUAGAUGAAAUGAAACACACUUUUGUUCAACAUGUUGUGAAGUAAAUGAUGUAAAGUAGCAUAGCGAGUUACCACGAUACGACCAUGAAAAAAGGACACAUUUGUAAAUAUCACCUGAAACAUUCAAACUUCUCCUCUGUUUUCCUUUUAAUAAAAUGUUCUAUCGCUGUUUGGGAUUUCUCGUGUGAAGGUGAUGAGUUAUUCUGAGUUAUUCUCAAAGACUGAGUUAGUCUUAAUACCUCAAAGGCUGAAUUAGUCUUAAUAACUCAAAGACUGAGUUAGUCUUAAUAACUCAAAGACUGAGUUCAUCUUAAUAACUCAAAGACUGAGUUAGUCUUAAUAACUCACCACUGUAUUACAUAACUGGCCAUGAUGACAUGUUACUAAUCAGUUCUGAUGCUGAAACUUCAGAUAACGAAAUCUGGUUAGUUCCACAGGAGUUGGGUGUGGAUAUCACAGGAGUUAAUUUAGUUGGGUGUGGAUAUCACAGGAGUUUCACAGCACUAAUCUAAGUGGAGGGCACAGUCACCUGGCAGAUCCUGUGUCAUAUUGUGUUACUGUAGAACUGUGCUUAUUAUAUUUUUCCGAUAGGGGUCAAAAAAUGACCGUAUAAUGGUAAAAAGAACAGGCUAAACAUUUGGUAACAAGGUGUUUUUCACUUUCUGAUUUUUAUUUUGUGGGAAGUUUUAUUGAAAGCCUUUAUUGUCAUUGUAUUUGCAUACAACGGAAUUAUAGGCCACUUGAUAUGUGUGAUCUUUUGACCUUCAUGUGAUGAACAUUGGUUUUCAUCUGAAACACUGUACAUUUAAAUAAAUAGCUAUUAAAAUGUC